AUGGCCUCUCAGAAGCCGCAGAGGAGCCUUGCGGAGGUCGAGGACAUCAUCCUCCGUAAGAUCUUCUUGGUGUCUCUGGCAGGGCCGGUGGGGAGUGAUCCGAGGGUGGUGUACCUGGAGAUGACCGCCGCGGAGGUGCUGAGCGAGGGCAAGGCACUGAUGCUGUCCAGGGAACUGAUGGAGAGGGUCCUCAUUGACCGGCUUUCGGGGGCCUUCCCCGGGGCGGAGCCAGCUUUUUCGUACCUCGUCGGUUGCUACCGCCGGGCACAGGAGGAGGGGAAGAAGGUGGGCUCGAUGAAGGAUCCGGCUGUGCGGACCCAGAUGGAGUCGGCGGCAAGGCAGGCUAGGAAACUCGCGGUGUCUUACUGCAGAAUCCAUCUUGGAAACCCUGACAUGUUUGGGCACGGUGAGGAUAGUGCGGGUGCCCCGCAACUACUUGACCUGAUAUUCUCGGAGGUGGCUACCUCUUUGGACGCGUUUGGAGGAAAUAGUCUGGGCGGGGGUCAUGUCAGCCCUCCUGGCUUUCUGGAGGAGUUUUUCAAGGAGUCGGAUGUGGACAGCUUGGAGCCAGUAAUGAAGGAUUUGUAUGAGAAGUUGAAGGGCUCUGUUUUUCGAGUGUCAGUUCUUGGGAACUUUCAGCAGCCUUUGAGGGCUUUGCUGAUGUUGGUUAGUUAUCCGAACUGUGCAAAACUCCUGGUCAAACACCCAAAUUGGUUACCAAAAGGACAUUAUGUGUCCGGGCGUGUCAUCGAGACGAUGAGCAUCUUAGGACCUUUCUUCCAUAUCAGCGCUCUUCCUGACCACAUUAUCUUCAAGUCUGAACCAGAUGUGAGGUCAGUAUGAGCUACGCAAAAGAUGACAUAUAGUCGUUAACUAUAUUGAUUUAUUUUUGCUUCGUGAAAAUUGUACAUUUGUCUUUAUCUCCUAAAUAGAUUGGUACCACCUCUUGGCUGUAACCAUUAUGGUCAACUAUUUUGACUCAUUCUUUUCUUGAGAGUUAGACUGGCACCAUCCAUUCUCUAUGCACAAAAGCCAAUCAGAAUACUUAAAGAAGGGGAAAAUUACUUAAUUUAUGUCGGAAUUAUGGGAGUUCGUAUUUUUGGCAUUCUAUGUGACUUGUCAUUAGACAACCCCUCUGUGAGAAUGGCUGAAAUUUUAACAUCUACCCACCUAACCACCUCUAAGGCAUUAUGGGGCAGCCAGUUGCUUUUCUGUAAUCACUUUUAAUGGACGACAAUUGUUGACGAGCGCCUCAUUAUGACUGAUCUUUGUCUCACUAAAUGUAUGACUCAUCCCUCGUCUGGGAGUGUUUUAGGCAUCUCGUGACCUCCAACCUUCUCACGUUUUACUUGAGUAAUUCUAAUACCUGCUAACUUCCUGAGGACAGUAAGAAAAUUCUCGACAUAAAAGAUAAGCCACCUGUUCACCAAAGGAAGGCAUCUGCUUACUUUCCGAUGAUCAUCACUUAUACUAGCCAUGUAUUAUCUGCCAAAUGUGGGAAAGGUUGUCCGAUUAUAAUAUAGUGGUGCAAUCAGAUACCCUUGAACAUGUGAGCCAUAUAAGAGUAUGUUCACCUCAAUGCUUCUCUGACUGGCAAGCGUUUUUAACUCUCCUGUUUACACUGUUGAAUUCAUUGAUGUUCUAGUGAAGAUUUGGCUUUAUAAUUGCUAAUUUUUAUCCAUGUUUUUGAUAAACCAGGCAACAGUGCUUCCCAGAUCCCUCUAGGCAGCGUUCAGCUGAUAUGCUAUCUUCUUUUACAACUAUUAGGACGGUCACGAAUAUUCUAUAUGAUGGCCUUGCUGAAGUUCUUCUUGCUUUGCUUAAAAAUGUUGAUACUCGAGAAGCCGUAUUAGAGUAUCUUGCAGAGAUGAUCAAUAAGAACAUAGCAAGAUCACGUAUGCGGGUAAUCUUCUUUUCUGUAAUUUAAGGAGUGUCUUUUGAAUGUUUAGGAGGGUAUCUUGCAAAUUUGUUUCUGAUUUGAUUUGUACUUCAGCUUUAUUCUGAAACAUGUGUUCCAGGUUGAUCCUCUAUCUUCUGCAAGUUCUGGUACAUUUGUUACUCUGAGUGCUGUUAUGCUUCGCCUCUGUGAACCAUUUCUAGAUGCAACGUCCCAAAAGAUUGAUAAAAUUGAUACUAGAUAUGUGUUAUAUGAUGAGCGGUUAGAAUUAAGGUUUGACUCUUUCCAAAGUUUGAUACUUUUAAGCAUGUUCUAUUCCUUCCUUCUAGAAACUUCAUAUCUGGAGAAAUCUUACCAUGUGGAUGCCCUUUUUGUAGACAAUUGACCGCCAUGAAUUUAUCAUCUGAGGAGGUUGCAGCAUGGGCAGACGGUGGCUGUAAUGGGGCAACUGAUGGAGAAGGUACAAAUGAUGAAGAUAAUCGUGCAAAGCAAUCACAAGAAGCCACGACUUCAGGCAAUAAUGAUGGAGACUCUGUCCUUUCUAGAGGCAAGCCACGGACAGGUUCUGGUGGGAAGAACAAGUAUUCAUUUAUUUGUGAGUGUUUCUUUAUGACUGCCAGGGUUCUGAACUUGGGAAUCAUAAAGGCCCUCUCAGACUUUAAGCAUUUAAGUCAGGUAGGGAAAAGAUUUCCACUUUGGUCUUUAAUCUUCUUCCAUGUUCUUGAAAAACUAAAAUUAAUUGUUCUUUUGAGUUGAACAAUUUCUUUUCCUUCUUCUUGCUUAUUCAUGGCGACUUUAACUUUAAGGAUCUCUUAGUUUUCUUAAGAAAUACGGAUUUUAUUUGGUAGAACUUUCGACAAAACAAAUGGUCAAAGAUUUGUAUUAAUUGUUGUAUAUGGUAUCUACUAUUUUGUUCGUACUUGGUGAUUUUUGAGUGAUAGAUGCUUAUUUAUUCAGUAAAAAAAUAUUCUAGGAGUUGUCAAGGUGCGAGGAAGAUUUGUCCACAUAUAAAGCUAUGCAUGAACAAGGAGGUUCUCCACAAAUUGAUCAAGAUAUUGCUCGUCUUGAGAAGGAAAUCGAGGUGCUUUUACAGGAGAGAUUGUGUUAUGAAGCUCAGCUACUGAGGGUGAGUAUAAAUAGUUGAAUGAAUGAACAAUGUAUUAAUGUAUUGAAAUUCCUUCUCCUCAUCUGACUUAUGAAUGUACUCUUAAUUUAUUUAUUCAAAUAACCUGUGGUUUCCUUCUUUUACUGUUACCUUUAGAAGGUCAAGACUUUACAUAUUCUCAUCAUGCUAUUCCCCAGUCAAUGAACCUGAACUUCUUUUCUAUAUUGUUACUUAUUCAACAUUGUGGACUCAUACAACCAUAGAUCUAGACUUAUCUGAACCACAUAAAAAGAUGUAGACUUCUUCUCACCACCUCCUAUUUGCUGUCCGAGGGUUUCACUCCUAACAGUGCUUUCUUCACCUCCUCCCUUUCUGUAUUAAAACCCGCGAUUAAGCUCUUUCAUUUAUUUUUUAGCUUGACUUCACUUGCCUCUUGUAGAAUUUUCAUCUUCGACCUAGUGGCACAUAAUUGAUCGUUGGAUAGGACUAUAGUGGUCCAUCAGCUUACUAAGUAAUGACUCUAGUUAGCCCAGUGCAUGUUACUGGAGCUUUUGAUGCAUCCCAAUCCUUUUCUCUGCCACCAUGUGGCACAUUCAAUUCAACACUUCAGUGACGAGAACAGUGAGGAGAUUAGACAGAGUCUCACUGCCUGAUACCUUUUUCACUGUUGAAGAAUCUCGUAGAUACUAAUCAGCACACGAAAUCUGGCAGAGGUUAUGUUAGGACCGGAUGUAUUCGUAUAUUCAUAAGUGAAAUCCAUCCUAUCUAGUUCUUCUCUGCUUGUAGGCGUUCAUAUGGCAUGAUGAAGUUCGCUUUAAUUUGUUGCCCUUAAUAAAUCCACUAUGAUUCUUUCCAAUCAUCUUAUUGACCAUUCCCUCAAAUUCUGAAUUCUGUAAACUAGAAGCAAAUUUAUUUGAGCGUUUGAAGUAUCUCUUCAAGAUCCUCACGAGCAUUGCGUCAUCUUUAAAUUAUUAUAUCUUUUACUGAUAAAAUAAGUCCUUCAUCUGGUACUUUAUUUCCUUAGGAUGGGCCAUUUCUUCAGCGUGCGUUAUCAUUCUAUCGGUUAGUCAUUGUCUGGGUGGUUAGUCUUGUUGGUGGAUUUCGAAUGCCGCUGCCAUCAGAGUGCCCCAUGAAAUUUGCAUCCAUGCCUGAGCAUCUUGUUGAUGACGCCAUGGAUCUACUUAUUUUUACCUCCCGAAUCCCAAGGGCCUUGGACGGAUUUGCAUUGGUACGUAUUCUAUUAAGGUUUUCAUUAUUCUCUUUUUCUCAUAUCAAGUGAUUUCCACCUUGCCUCCUGAUAAUUUACAUUCAUAUGUUUUUAUGCAGGAGGACUUUUUGAACUUUAUCAUCAUGUUUAUGGCAAGCCCCUCUUAUGUUAAGAAUCCAUACUUAAGGGCGAAGAUGGUUGAAGUCUUGAAUUGCUGGAUGCCACAGAAAAGGUGGAAAUUUCCCGUUCAAGUUUUUGAUUGUUUCAUUCUUAAUAAAUAAAACUAUAUAUUAUGUAAACGGCCUUUCAGGUGAAAUGUUGGUUUUGAUUUGCCACCUCUGUUUUUUCCUCAGUGGAGCAUCCUCUACAGCUGCUCUUUUCGAAGGACACCAACUUUCUCUUGAUUACCUAGUUCGUAAUCUCAUGAAGCUCUAUGUGGACAUCGAGUUUACUGGUUCUCACACACAGGUAGUUGUGUAGUACUUUUUCGUGCGCAUUUGAAUAGAAAAUGGAUGAUCUUUCUGACGAUUUCGUAAUAUUUUUCAGAAACUUUUAAGUUAUUUCAGCAGACAAAUCUUCAUUGCUUAUAUUUGCCAAAAACCUCUUAUGACUAAAUAUAUUCUGCGUUUAAAUUCUGAGGAAUUUUAUAGGUAAUAGAAGGGUGAAUGAAAGACGAAUUACAUUGUCCAGUCACCUGAAGAUUGGUUCUGCACGGGCGAAUAAAACUUUCUUUUAGGAUUUAGCUAGAGGAGAUCUGCAGUCUCAUCGAGCUAACACAUCCCACAAAAUCUGCUUGCAGUGCACUCAGAACUAAACAAACACAAUAUUGAAACAGCGUCCAUUAUUCAGUCGAGUCAUACCUGUUUGACUAAUAAAAUGAACACGGCUGUGCCACAACGGGUAGCUUUACCCUCAUGAAUAAACCUGUAUCCAUUUAAUUUGAUUCUGAACGCCAAGUUUCUUCACACAUUCGUAACAAGUUUCAGUUCAUAGAGUGACAUACGUAUGCAAAUUCCCUCAUUAAAUAUUAACGAAACUCCAUCACUACUCGUUUCGAUUCUUCCUUUUCUCGCUUUGGUUAUCUCUGCUCUCCCCCUCUCAUCACGUUCAUCUCCCCUUCUUCCUCUUUCCCUGCGCACCUGGUUGAAGAACACAAUAGAAAUCACCACAACAAAGACAACCUGCAGCCACUUCCACUUGUAGUGGUUUUACUACGCAAAACUAGCAGAUCCAGGUCUACUGGACAACAGGUUGAUCUGAGACAGUAGUGGACGUUGCAUAUGGUAUAAGGCAGAUUGGCAAACCUAAGCCCAUCGAUAGUAUAAAGAGGACUUGAGGCUGAUGAUUAUAUCAAUACAAGUGACUAUAAUUCUAUGCAGCCUGAUCUAUGGAAUCUCAUUGUAAUUACACAGAUAUCAUUUAGGGGACAGCCACUGAAUGUACACAGGUCAUAAGUACUGAAUGAUUUUAUGUAAUCUGUGGAUAGGAUCUGGGCAUUGUGAUUGAGUCAUAGAGAGUUCACAGGUGGAGGUAGGAGCUCUGGAAAGUGGGCUAUGGAUGUAUCAAGGAUUAUUCUACUACGGUCACAAGGGUAACCAAGGGCAUCCCGCCCUCCCCUCCCCCAUUCUUCAUAGUCUUUUUGUACUCAUCUGAACUUGCAACGCUGCAAGGGAAAUGACGAAAGAAGCGGUACCUGUAUGAGGAGAACAUAAUGAAUUUUUUGUAAGCUUACUGGCAAGCCUUAUUCAAGUUAGGAAGACGACAUUGAACUGAUAUGACUUCUUGUUUCUGACAUGGAAUUUUAUUGAAUACAUAUUGAGGGAUGUCAUGUGAAGAAAGUAAUCAUACAGGGGUUGUCUACAUGUACAAUAUUCUACUGGGGUUCAACCUAUAUGCAAUUCUUUCGGUGUUUUUUUCGUAAGAAAUGCUGUUUUUAUUGAUUGCUCUUUACAUGCAGUUCUUCGACAAGUUUACUAUUCGCCAUAAUAUCGCUGAACUUCUCGAGUAUUUGUGGGAUGUACCGAGUCACCGCAAUGCAUGGAGACUGGUGAGAUGACCUUCGUCAACUCUCCCCUCAUUAAUUUUCUUUUUUUAACUUCAGAAUAAUCUCAUUUAUUCUGGUUUAUUGUUUCAGAUUGCCAUAGAAGAAGAGAAGGGCGUGUAUCUGAAUUUUUUGAAUUUUCUUAUCAAUGAUAGCAUCUAUCUUCUGGAUGAAAGUCUCAAUAGAAUCCUCGAGAUGAAGGAACUAGAGGCAGAAAUUUCCAAUUCUGCAGAAUGGGAGAGGAGACCAGCAGAAGAGAGGGAAGAAAGGAUGCGUCGUUUUCAUUCUCAAGAAAAUGUUAGUUUUUUAAUGGUUUUUAUAAGGAGGGAAAUUGGAUCAAAGUAACAAUUCUUUAUGUUAAAGUGCUUGCUGAUCACUUCAGUUUAAUCUACAGCAGGAUCACUUGAUAUGUUUUUACCACAUACUCAUCUCCAAAUUGGUGUUGACUCUUCAGUUCAUCCGAUUUGACUUAAAACUGGCAAAUGAGGAUGUGGGAAUGCUUGCUUUCACUUCGGAACAGAUCCCUGCUCCGUUUCUUCUACCAGAGAUGGUGAUAAUUCUUAUCCUGUCUUGCAUCUAAUUAUUGUUCACUGAUCUAUGUGGAACUCUAUUCUGUGCAUUUGUGAUUUACAAAUCAAAUUAAACUUUCAAACUUGUAGCAUGAUAAGCUUUACAUCUUGAUUUAAUCUCAUGGUUUUUAGACUAGCCUUCUUUGGAUGAAAUUAUUCUUGUAGAAUGUAGAGGCACCUCACCAAGGGUUUAAGCUGAUCUGAUUAACUGAAGUAGUCUUUUGUUGGUUAAAUGAGUGCAGACGAUGAAUAUUAAACGUUUCGUAGAAGCAGCACCGUUUUUCUGUCUCAUGAUUAUCUUCUUCUAGCCCUCGUUUCUUAUUUGAAUGUCAGUGGACGUUGACAGGCAUCCUAAUUUCUGCUCUACUUUCAUCUUGUGCUCUCUUAUUUCUCUUGUGUUUCCUGGCGACCUCAAGUGGCCCUCUCCUUUCCUAAUAUCAUUUCCUCUCCUUUCCUAAUUUCAAGUGGCCCUCUCCUUUUUCUGUCAGUGUACGUUUUUCUUUUUCUCAUCCACUGUUCUCAUUGAACCGUCUGUAUCCUCCUCUGCUUGUUUCAGGUGGAGAGGGUUGGGAGCAUGCUGAAUUACUUCCUCCUGCAGCUUGUUGGUCCGCAGCGGAAAUCUCUUACCCUAAAGGACCCUGAAAAAUAUGAGUUUAGGCCAAAACAGCUGCUAAAACAGGUAGGAACGUGCAAUGCUUAUGCUGGCAGUUCUUUGUUUAAUUAGUCCUUUUGAAUUUUAUUCGUCUCUCUGUGGUUAUCAACCCUAAAAAAUAUUUGAUGCCCUAUGGUCAAUCAUCUAAUUAUGUGGUUGUGAUAUUUGAAAAGAUUGUUACUAUAUACGUCCACAUUGCAAGGGGAGACAAAGAAGGUAUCUUCCCCUCUGCUAUCUCAAAGGAUGGGCGGUCAUAUAAUGAGCAGGUAUGCAUUCUAUUUUUGAAAUCUAUUUAUCUGGCCACUUCUCUGCAAAAUCUGCUAGCCCAUUAUUUUUCUAUAUUCUGACAGCUUUAUCUGCAUCAGCUAUUUUCUGCAGCAGCUGGGGUUCUGCAGAAGAUCGGUGCAGAUGGAAGGCUUGUUCAAGAAUUUAUUCAACUUGGUGCAAAAGCUAAAGAUGCAGCAUCCGAGGCGAUGGACGCCGAGGAGACACUUGGAGAGAUUCCUGAUGAAUUCCUGGACCCAAUUCAGGUUUUCUUUAGAUUCUUAAAAAAGAAAAUUCUAGUUCUGCAUUAUUUUCAUGAUUUCCUGAAUUUAUAAAAAAAUUCAUUAGUCAAAACGUUCCAGUAUAAUUAGCUCAUAUUAGUAUCUGUUUAAGUGAUAUAUUUUUUUACUAUAUUUCAUAUUUAUUCAUUAUGAUAUUUAUUCAUACCUACAGCAUACCCUCCCUUUGGGCACAAUUUCCUGAAAGAAAAGGGAAAAUUCUCUCCGCGAAAUUAUUUAUCGGACUUUCCAAUUAUAGAAAAUGAUAUAUAUUGCCUCAACACUGAAACUUUGUUCAAAAUUCAGAGGGAGAUAUUAAACCAAUCUUCCUUUUUUAUGGCAUCUUGAAGGUUUACAUUUUUUUUUUUUAAUUUUUGAAAAUAUCACUUCCAACCUGACUCUUUUUGUUAAUUAAUCCCUGUACCAAUAUGCUAGAAUAUUAUGGUGGAACCAGAUAGAGCGCCUACUUCUACUAAUCUGAGUCCCUCCUCCCUUGCAGUACACUCUGAUGAAGGAUCCCGUGAUCUUACCCUCCUCAAGAGUCUCUGUAGAUCGGCCAGUAAUCCAGAGGCAUCUGCUUAGUGACAGCGUAAGAAAUACAUUCCAUCUCCAGAACUCUUUUUUUAGUUAUUUCCCUAAAUAAAAAAUAAAAAAUUAAUAACAACUCAUUUCCAAAUUUGCCAACGUUUUUCAGAGCGACCCGUUCAAUCGAUCUCAUCUCACUCAAGACAUGCUGAUCCCCAACACCGAGCUCAAGGCGAGGAUUGCAGAAUUCAUCGUGACCCAGCAGAUGAAGCGGCACAGUCGAGGAUUGAAGCGGGCGAUGGAAGGAGCCACCGAGGAAUCUGAAUCCAUGAUGGAAGACUGA